CUAUACGUAUAUGUGCACAUACACACACAUAAGAGUAUCACAAUUUAUCAGAAAAAAAUGUUGUAACAGAGAGAGAGAGAGAUCUAAAUUGCUUUAUAAAACCGCAUAAAGAGACACCACAUCUUUCUUUCCUCUUCAUUCAAUUUGCUUUCCUCAACGCAAAAGUUGCAGACUUUCCGUUAUUGUGAUCGUCAAUUCUCCAGAAAAAAACAUUCUCCGAUCGUUCGUUUUUCUUUACCCUGAUCAGACAACAAAACCAAACAAAAGAAAGCCACUUCUGCUGUCUGAAUAAUUCUGAGGUUUGAUUCUUCUCGAUGAUGAAAAUGGUUUGUUGCAGAUGGGUAUUCAUAAAGUUCGCUCCUUUUUAUUUCUUAACAUGUGUCGUCUUGUCUUAAUUCUUGAUUUGUAGAUAAAUCUGUGUUGUCCAAAAAUGGAUGCUACAUCGAGUGGAACUCCAGGGCUACAGUAUCAUAACAUACCAGAGCAACCUGCUUCUCCUCCUGUGAAGAGACAAAAACGCCAAUGCUUUGGAGACUCAACUACUCCUGGAGAGUUUCCUUUAGCAGCUAAUCCUUCCAUUGUCCUUCACGUUCUCACUGAAUGUAGAUUGGAUCCUCGUGACCUCGCCAAUCUUGAGGCAACGUGUUCGUUCUUUAGCCAGCCAGCGAACUUUGCACCGGACUGUAGCUUAUCGCUAUCCGAGCUCGCUGCUCUCGACAUGUGUAACAAAAGGGUGAUUUUCAAACCGAUGAAUGAAGAAGAACGUGAAGAAAUGAAGCGUAGAUGCGGAGGGUCAUGGAAACUUGUACUUAGGUUUUUGCUGGCUGGUGAAGCGUGUUGUAGAAGAGAGAAGUCUCAAGCUGUUGCUGGUCCUGGUCACAGCAUUGCAGUCACUUCGAAAGGAGAAGUUUAUACUUUCGGUUAUAAUAACUCUGGACAGCUAGGACAUGGCCAUACCGAUGAAGAAGCUCGCAUUUUGCCCGUCAGAUCAUUACAGGGCAUCCGGAUCAUUCAAGCAGCAGCAGGAGCUGGCCGGACAAUGCUAAUAAGCGACAGUGGAAACGUUUACUCCUGUGGAAAAGAUUCGUUCGGUGAAGCUGAAUACGGAGGGCAAGGUUCUAAAGAGGUUACAACUCCUCAGCUUGUAACCUCUUUAAAGAACAUAUUCGUCGUGCAAGCGGCUAUUGGGAACUUCUUUACCGCUGUUCUCUCACGAGAAGGGAAGGUCUAUACAUUCUCCUGGGGAAACGAUGGUAGACUCGGACACCAAACCGAGGCUAAUGAUGUCGAGCCUCGUCCUUUGUUAGGGGCGCUCGAGAAUGUACCUGUUGUGCAGAUUGCUGCUGGUUAUUGCUACCUUCUUGCCUUAGCUUGUCUACCAAAUGGCAGCAUGUCGGUUUACUCGGUUGGUUGUGGUUUGGGAGGCAAGCUUGGUCACGGGUCAAAGACUGAUGAGAAGUUCCCUCGGGUUAUAGAGCAGUUUCAGGCGUUGAACAUUCAACCUAGGGUAGUUGCAGCUGGUGCGUGGCAUGCGGCGGUGGUAGGUCAAGACGGAAGAGUGUGUACUUGGGGUUGGGGAAGGUACGGUUGCUUAGGACACGGUAACGAGGAGUGUGAAUCAGUCCCUAAGGUCGUUGAAGGGCUAAGUCAUGUCAAGGCGGUUCAUGUCGCAACGGGAGACUACACUACUUUUGUUGUCUCGGAAGAUGGAGAUGUUUACUCGUUUGGUUGUGGCGAGUCCGCUAGUCUCGGUCACCAUAUAGCCGCUGAUGAACAGGGUAAUAGAAAUGGGAAUGUGCUGAGUCCAGCGGUAGUAACGUCGCUGAAGCAAGUGAAGGAGAAGAUGGUUCAGAUUAGUCUAACGAACUCUAUAUAUUGGAACGCUCAUACGUUUGCGCUCUCGGAAUCAGGGAAGCUAUUCGCGUUUGGUGCGGGUGAUAAGGGUCAGCUUGGAGCAGAGCUUGGUCGUGACCAGACAGAAAGGUGUGUUCCUGAAAAAGUAAAUAUCGAUCUGAGUUAGCGGUUUGUUGGCAGAUCAGACAAAAAGGCAGGGAAAUUGCGGUUUACUAUGUUAUGGGGUCACUUUGGAAGGGUUUGUACAAAAGGGGGAAACAUAAGUUAAGGAACUUGUCUUAACAUUUCAUUGUAUAGGGUCUGACAUUAUUCUAAUUGUUCAUGGGUCAUGUUUUAGGUUGAUAAUUGUCGAAUAAUUUCAAUUAGUCCAUUUAUUGUAAGGUUCAGAUUCUAUUUCA